AUUCUCUCAGAGUGAGUCCGUAAGUGCGGCAGGGACGUCCGUGGAGACUUUGUUUCUCGAGUCGUCUCUUGCUAUGCACUUUGACAUUAGCAAUUUGGCUCUUCAUUCUGAUUUUCUCAGAGUGAGUCCCUGAGUGCGGUAAGGACGUCCGUGGAAACUUUGUUUCUCGAGUCGUCUCUUGCUAUGCAUUUUGACAAUCAGCGUAUUUGAGAAUAAAGUCUUGAACGCAACUACGAGCCUUGAAGAAUCGUCGACUUAUUAUUUUAUCCCUGCCUUGAGCUAGAAGCCACUGCAGAGGUCUGCUACUUCAUCUGCUACGUUCCAGAGCCGACGUGAGCAGUCUUGUCUUGUUUUGUCUUGUUGAAAAUCGACGAGGAAAUAUAAAAAGGAAAUAGAUUCUUGCAACCCUUGUGAAUUGAUAGAUAUCGAAUUAGAAGACGGUAUUCGAUCAACGAAUUACCCCUUUGUUAUUUGGUAAACUUUUACUAUAUAAUAACGCGAUCAACUUUUACUCUAGAAAUCCAGCAGAAUUAUCUCACGUUAUCUCAGCAGCGUUUAAUAUGGAAAUUCCAUCAGUAAGCAUUACAAAUACAUGUAAUUAACAAUAACCUAACUUACCAACUCAUUCAGAAUAUCGGAACGUUAUUUUAAUACAAUUUUCAGACAAUUACAUUGAACCAAACACAUUAAGAGAAUACACUACGCUUUAACCUAAAAGAUUCAUGUCUCGAACAGGCACAAGCCAAGCUAACAAGAGAAAGGCACUCUCUUUUAAUACAGUAUUAAGAAAUCUUCUGCGAACAAGAAACAAUUAUGUUAACAAAAUAAAGAAAUUAGAUGAACAAAUAACAACACUUCUACGAGAAAACACUCCAAGCACUAACGAGCAGUCUCUACAGUUAUUGAGAACGGCUCUUUCUGCAGCAUCAAUAAAUUUUAAUGAUACAUUUAUAGAGUACCAUAGGCCAAAUCAGAGUCAACUAGUGAUCGCACAAAGAAACCGAGUUUUAUUGAAUUUUCCAGUACGAGUAGAAACUACUCAGGUGACUUCUUCGACACCUCCUCCUUUUGAGAAUAAUCUUUCGUCUCAAAACUUCCCAGUCAUAAAGUUAGAACCGACUGAUGAUUUGCAACUUCCUGAAGGAAUAAAUACAGUUAGGGAAACAGAUUCUCAACCUGCUCGCGUGGAAACUCCAACCAGGAAUAUAAUAAACCUUGAAGAGUUAGGACCACCCACCAGUUAUCUGGAACAUUUCCUAGCUCGUCCUUAAGGUUAUUACUCCAUCAUUGCACCUAGCAUUCGUAUUACCGGCCUAGCUCUCGGCGUCCCCAGGUAUUGCCGGCCCAGCAGGUAGCCUGAAAUUAAAGAGAGCACCCCAGUUUCGUGUGACCGAGGUACGCGCGAAAUCGGUUGUGUCCGACCUCCGGGACG